UUUUCUCGUUGCUGUCAGUGUUGCUGCUUCUACAAAGCGAUGAGACGGCUGUACAUUGGUGGGUUGAGCAACUCGGUCACCCAGAAAGAUCUGAAAGACCGAUUUGGAAAGUUUGGAGAUGUACAGGAUGUGGAGCUCAGAACAAAGAGGGAUGAGGAGGGUGUUCCCUUUAAAACAUUUGCCUACGUUAACCUCAACAUUUCUGAUGCCGACCUUAAGAAAUGUUUGACAGUACUGAACAAAUCCAAAUGGAAAGGAGGAACUCUGCAGAUAGAAACAGCCAAGGAGAGCUUCCUGCACAGACUGGCUCAAGAGAGGCAGGUUGCAAUGGAGCAGAACCUCUGUCAGCCUGAAGUGGAGGACAAGAGACGAAAGAUGCUUGACUCCCUGAGUAAAGCUGGUGUUGACAAUUUCACCAUGAGGGCGGCAGUGCCAGGAACUGAAGUACCAGGGCACAAGGACUGGGUCGUCAGUAAAUUUGGCCGGGUUCUCCCUGUUCUCCAGCUCAAGUGUAAGAAGGGGAACAAAGCCCGGACACUGAAGUACGACCCCUCCAAAUACAGCCACAACAUUCGCAGAAUCAACCAGACCGAAUCUGACACGCACACCCCUGUCUCCCAGCUCACAUGGGAGGUACAAGGAGGUGAUGAUGACAUCAGUAAAAAGAGGCGGGGCGAAUUCCCUCCAUAUCAACCACCCAGACCCAAAAAGCGUUGGACAGAUAUUGACUCCCAAAAGGCUGUUGGUACAAACAGGUCACAACAGAACAAGGUUGUAAAUCACGUCGAGAAGCUUCAGACCAACAACAGACCUGAACUACACAACAACCAUAAACCUUUUCUAAGGAAUCCAGCACCUUUUACUGGUAGUGAUGGUGACUCAGAUGAGGAAAUUCGUAGACUGGUAUCAACUCAGAGCAACGUCUGUAAUCCACCAGGUCAUAAAGAGGAGGAAGAUAAUCUGGAAGUGGUGGGAUUUGACUACAUGGUAAAGUCGGGAUUGUUCCACCUGCGACAGAAAGGUCAGCCGGAUGAUGAAGACGAGGAUGGUUACAAUUCUGCUGGUACAGAUGAACUUUUUGCCUCCAGGAAACCAGCAACGCUUCCCUCUCUUCCUGGAGCUCCACUGCAGGAGAAACAGACUUUAAACACUGACAAAACACUCUCAGAGAAUGGAGUGAGGAAGAGGAAAACUCAGAAGAAAGACCAAGUUAGAAAAGUGGAGAGGGAGACGGAAGAAGAUACCAGGAAGUCUUUAUGUGCCGAAAAGAAAGAGGAAUGUGUUCAAAAGAGUUCACAGAAACAAGACGGCAGUUCCAACAACCACAGUAAAAAAAAGGCAGUGGUCCCUGACCUAAACCCCCCCUCAUCAGAUCUAGAUGAAGAUGGGGAUGAGGAAGGAGAUGAGUCAGAAUCGGCUGAUUCCUGUUCAGACUCUGAAUAUGAGGCCAUGUUUUUGAAUGCUACCUGUAUGGAAAUCUCUUUUACUGAUCUUCAAAGACUGGCUGAAGAAUCUCAGCAGACUUCUGAAUCGAUUCCCAGCAUCAAUGGAACCAAGUUUGAAAAAGAAACUGACCCUGAAUCUGUCCCUGCAAAACAGCGAGUGCCAAAAAAAGGCACUAUGCCAGAGGAGAUCCUCGCCUCCAUCAUGGGGGAGGGCGACAGCAGUGAUGAGGAAGAGCAGCAGAAGAAGAAGAAAAAAUCGAAACAAAAAAUAGUAACUCAACUGCCCGCAUUUCAAGGGACGAAAACACUAAAGGAUAAAACAGAGGCAGAAACUACUACAGAUGACGAGGAGGAGGUGGUGGUCCAUCAGGCUGUGCUUUCAUUUCCGGAUAAAGCAAAGAGUCCACUCUCUUCUUCUUCUUCAUCGUCCUCCAUUGAAGAAGAUGAGGAGGAGGAGGACGAGAAAGUCUCUGCAGAAACUGGUGAGAAAACAGCAACUCCUCCUAGUCCCUCCUCUGAAUCCUCCAGUGAAGAAGAAGAAGAGGAGGAGGAGAAAGUGACAGAGAAAACUGCUUCCAGAGUAAAUUUAGGAGCCAAGGAGGAAGAGGAGCUGCAGAAGAAGGCCAACAUGAGACGACUGGCUGCCAUUCAGCAGAGGCAGAAAAAGGCUGAAGAAAAUAAGAAGCUCAUCCAGGGGGCCUUAGCCAACCUGGAUACUCCGACAACAGGAAAAGGGAAGCACAUCGUCUUUGGUUCUGAUGAUGACGAAGAGGAGGAAGAUGAGCAGCACACACCCUCAGAGAUCACAGUGUCGAAGACCACUCUGUUCAGCGAAUCAGAGGAGGAGACUACAAGUGAUGAGGAGUCAGCUGAGAAAAGCAACAAAGACAAAAACACAGGUCCUCAGUUAUUUGGAGGGAGUGAUGGUGAGGAGGAGGAAGAGGAAGAUGAAAGCAGGUUUGAGAUCAGGCCCCAGUUUGAAGGUCGUGCAGGUCAGAAGCUGAUGGAGCUACAGUCUCGGUUCGGGACAGAUGAACGAUUUCGGAUGGACUCUCGUUUCCUGGAAGACGCCAAGGACGAAGAUGAAGAGUCAGGAGAGAAGAAUAGCAUAACGGAAGAUAAAUCUCUGAAGGAGGAGAAAAAGAAGAACCUGUCCAUCCUGCAGAGCGUCCUGGGCAGCAGCCAACAACCGUGCAGCAGCAAGACCGCAAUCAAAGCCAAGACAUUUAGAGACGUCUCAGGUCUGCACUAUGAUCCCAGCAAAGAAGAACACGCAGCAUUUGAGAACAAACCAAGUGAAACCAAAGAAAGUAAGGCAGCCAGGAAGAAGAAGAGAGAAGAGGCUCUGAAGCUUCCAGAGGUUUCUAAAGAGAUUUACUAUGACGUGUCCGGGGACCUGAAGGCCGUCUUCGGUCAGACAAAGACGGAAAAUGUCACUGAGGUAGAAGAGGAAAAAACUAACUGGGACCAAGAGGAGGAGGAGGAGGAGGAGGAGGAAGAAACCGAGAAAGAUGAAGAAUCCACUUCACUAUUGACUCAAGUCUCAGCUGAGGAGAAAACAGAGUCUGGAUUCAAAUUCUCCUUCUUUGGAAAUGACACAGAAACUGAAGAAAAAGCGACAGAAGAGUACAAGGUGGAGACCAUCCAGGCUCCAAAAGUGUCAUGGCAGCAAGAUCGACGUUUUCAAGACAGCAGCUCAGAGGAGGAGGAGGAGGAGGAAGAGGAGGAGCAGCAGCAGUGGCACAAAGAGGAAACCAGGGAGGAAACAAGUGCCACACAUAAAACCUCAGAAGAAGCCACUCCUCUGAAGUCCAGCCUCUUCUUCUUCUACCCUGAAGACAGCAGAUUGACAGAGGGCCCAAAGUUGUUCCGUUGUUCCUCUCAGUUGGAGGAGCAGAGGGAGCAGUGGGAGGAGAGGAGAAACCAACUCCGACAGGAGUGCCGUAAGAAACACAAGGAAGCGUGCAGGAAACUGAAGUCCUCCAUGAAGAGCUGAUGGUGAAGGAAGAAGAGCUUGGGUCUCAGUUUUCAACAGCCUUCUUCUCUCAGAUGUUUUUUGCUACAAACUUUGAACAUGGUAUAGAGGAAGCUUCAAAAUUAUCCCAAAAUGACAAGGACUGGAUUUUUUCCUGACAUUUUUGUUGGUGAAUUGGUGUAAUUUUGUAGUGUAAUAAAGGUAAAUGCUAUUUUGUAUAAUUAUUAGUUCAGUAAACAUGCAUUGGAAAUAAAUGAAUGCAUGUUACAUGCAAUUAAAAAUACUUAAAACUA